UUGCGAACCACUCGUUGUAUCUGCGCUUUCUCCCUUUGCUUUUGCCCCCAGUCCUUCUUGCUCGACUUGCCCUUUUCUUCACUUGUGUCACCUCUAAUAUCCUGGUGAUUUGUGUUGUAGGGGUUCCAAUCGUCGCGUGGAUAUCACAGGCCCGUACAGCUAUCAGACCUCCAGCCUGACCCUGAACCAGGUUUAGACCUAGAAGACACCCAGGACCUGCUUGAUCCUCCUGCGAGUAGACCAUGGAUGAGACUGACAAAUCAGUUCGGCGACGCAGUGACAACACGGGGUGGGGAAUAUUCCUUUGUCCAACCCUCUCCACCCAGCGGGCAAUUCGACAGGCACGGCGGGACCCAGCAGCGCCCAGCAGGCUCCAGCAAUCCCUGUCCUUUUGAGGAACAAGGGGAGCCGCAUGAGGACACUUCUCGUUCGGCCAAUAAUAACGAGCACACGGGCUGCGACGGUGUUGAUCACUUGGGCGCUAAGCCACGAGACGACCUCCGAAGGAAUGCGCAGAACGACGCAAAGGACGACGACGAAAGCAUUAAUGCGUUCCCUGAAUCUCGCGAAGACCUACCAAGCCCCCGAUUUCACGCUGUAAUCCUCGAUGAUAUUCCAGAGCAAGACAGCGCCCCGAGCCACGAUUCAAUGCUUCCUGCUCUGCACCAGCUGCCAUCCAUUUCGUCCUUGGGCGGGCAGGAAUCAGAUCUAGGCCCGCCGCCGCCCCUCGCACCGAAGCUUGCCCAGAAUCAGCUUUCCUCUGAGAUUUCACUGCCAUCCGACGUGGGCGACUCCCAGCCGCGUCACUUUGGCGGAAGAACUUGGCGCCGUGGCCAGAGGAGAGCGUCCAGCCAAGGGAACAAUAACCUUUUUGAAAGCCCUUUCGCUCCCCGUGAGGCUAUUCAAACAGGCCCGGUCCGGCAUAACGGUCGCCCGGCUUCCACCCCUGGACUGCUGCCGCCCCUUUCUCCCAAGCAUGAGUGGCCACGCCGGCCAGAACAGAUAUCCUCGUCGCGGGACCCCGCAUCUCCCAGAACCUCUUCCUCGCCCUUGGAGAAGCUGAAGAACGUUGGUCGACUUCACCGCGUCUCAAUGGGUUCGAACCAGUCCGAAUUUAAGGCCGGUCAAUUGCAGAAAAAGUCUUUUAAUAAAUUGACUGGCCUUUUCAGCCGCACUCAGCAUAGAAAGUCAGCUCCCCCAGAGCCACUUGGAUCCUCACCAGAAGGCAGCACCAGGAACUAUCUCGCACCAGUGACCUCUCGACCAGACUCUAGAGUUGCUACCUCUUCGGUUUCUUCAGUGGAUAAUCAUGAACGGCCCGUCUCUCUUCCAGAUGCUCGCAAUACCUUUCAAGGGCAUCGCGCACCCAUCGAGGGAUACUUUGCCCACGAGUCACCGGAAACUUUCAACGUAGCAGAGCCGCACUCAUGCCUUCGCGGUACCGCAAGCAGUGACCAUAUGAGACUAAGCGACCCUACACCCCUCGAUCCUGGGCGACUCUCUCCCCAUUCCCCUCCCUACCAUUCACCUGGCAGUCCACAUCGCCAGCCCCGCGCUUCUUCCCCACAAUUCAGCCCUCCUAUCCCUACCUCAGCUCCUCGCACGCCGCCAUCUCGCGGCCGCUCCGAAGACCGCACCUACGCUCAAGAUCUACACCUCCGCUCCCGGAGCCCCAAGGCCUUCGCGCCACGGCCCGAAGAGCGGAAUCUGCCAAAGCACGACGCAACCGAUCCGGCCUACAAGCUGGGCACCUUCCGAACAUCCAACCCCCGUACCAGUCACGUCGGUGACCAAGAACUACCAUGGAAGAUCACCAUUCCGGGCGAUUCCGACGAGGGCACAACAAACUCAUCAUUCUCCUGGCGCCAGGAAACCGAAGGCGCUCUGAACGGGCCCCGAUUACCAACCUACCAAGAAGAUGAAGAAGAGCAUGGGCCGUCUAGCCACCAACCUGUAGAUGAAAAACAGGGCCCUCCAUUCAUCAACCUACCAACUGCUCCAGCGGCACCCGAACAGGGUCGACCAUUAGAACAAAUACAUCCACACCGCGGCGGCGGCCGAGCACUAAACGCCUCCAAUGCCCCUGUCGAACUGCCCGUCCGAGCGGACGAUGAUUCCAGCGAGGAAAUAAUGAUGUCCAGUACUGCGUACCCGGGUCAGGAAUGGCGGCCCCUCGGGUACUCUGAGUGGGAACAAUAAACCCCUCGACAGAGAUAGAUUCGCUGUCGAAUGGACCUAAAGAUAUGACAUGCUAUACGAGAUAUGCCCUACUCACGAUCCGUGGACAUGAUGCAAUACCCCAAAUGUAUGUAGGUGAAUUUUUUUUCUAGGGUAAACGUAUUUAUCUUUCUUUUUUUGAGAAUCAGCAAGCGAUUGUACCUUAU